AGACCCCCAAGUGUGCGGCCUGAAGGAUUACCCUGAAUUGCUCUGGUAGGACACUGGACUGCUAGCAGCAGAAUCAGGUUCACAUGGACCAAUUAAUCAACGAGAAGAUCUGGAAUGAUGAGUUCUGGCAGAACCCCUGGGAGAAGUGGGGCCUGGUAGUGAUCGGCUUAUUCAUCACCACAGUUGUGUCAUUCAUCUUGUUUGCUGUUGUGUUUGGUUUACUCCCUCUGCAGGAGAGGAUCCAGUGUGAAGAGGAAUGA